GCCGACUUGCCGUGUGUGCGUUUUGUUGUCUUCGUCUUCAACAUUUAUAAACCACACUUUUUUUCCUUCCAAAAAAUCUGUAUCAAAAACAAACAAAGAAACGUAUACAAAAAGCUAAAGAACUAGCUUCUUCAAUUUUUCUCAUCCUCUUUCACUUGAAGGGGAUUUCGUUGACGAUAAAGUUGCGAUUCUGUGGUAAAGCUCUCUGCUUGUCGUUGUCGUUUUGCUUCCAAGAUGGUGUCGUUUUCAAGUUCAAGAAUAUAGCUUUUACUCAGGAAUCGCGUUUUCAAAUUUGGUAUUAUUGAAUCUUUCGUUUAAUUGGUUACUUCAUAGUGAAAUUGGCUUUUCCUUUUGUGGAAUUCAUCGUUUGAGUGACCUUUGAAGGGACUGUGUAAUCAAAGGUUGAUUCAAUUUGGUUAGGGUUAGAGGUAUAUAUUUGUUGUUAAAAAAUGGUUGAUUCAAUUGCUGCAACUUCAAUUUUAUGCUACCGUCCUAUUUGUGGUGGAAAUUUGAUUAGGGAUGUAUCUGGAAAGAGGAAAUCUUUGAACACUUGUAGGUUUUCACCAGCUGAGUUUCUUGGUGGAAGGGUUGUUGUUUCACUGCCUUUGAUUAAAUCCAAACAAGAUGGGUUCUAUUCGUCUUCGUCGAUUAAGGCUCUUGCUGUUGAGCUAACAAGAGAAGCAUUUGCUUUCAGGGAUGACAAAUUGCCGAAGAAAGGUGAUAGUAAGAUUGAUGGUGGCUUUGAUCGGAAGCCUGGUUUGUGGCCACCGGUAAAUAGAGCGGAUAAGCCUUCUCUUCGAAACCCUUUGCUUCGACAAGAGAGGAUGGGAUGUGGUUGGUUGGGUGCUAUAUUUGAGUGGGAGGGGGUUCUAAUUGAAGAUAAUCCUGAUUUAGAGAAGCAAGCUUGGCUUGCUCUUGCUCAAGAAGAAGGAAAACCAUCUCCUCCUGGUUUCAUAAUCAAGAGAAUCGAAGGCAUGAAGAAUGAACAAGCAAUUUCUGAAGUGCUGUGUUGGUCUAGGGACCCGGCAGAACUGAGAAGAAUGGCUACUAGACAGGAAGAAAUUUAUCAAGCUUUACAAGGUGGGAUAUAUAGUCUCAGGCCUGGGUCCAAAGAGUUUGUCAGUGUUUUGAUGCAUUAUAAAAUACCGAUGGCUUUGGUUUCCGCACGGCCUAGAAAAGUUAUUGAGACUGCUAUGGGGGAAAUUGGUAUUGAAGAAAAUUUCAGUGUUGUUGUUACAGCAGAGGAUGUUCACAGGGGGAAGCCUGAUCCAGAAAUGUUUGAGUAUGCAGCCCAGCUUUUGAACUUCAUACCUGAGAGGUGCAUUGUGUUUGGAAACUCAAAUCUAACAGUAGAGGCUGCACAUGAUGCACGGAUGAAGUGUGUUGCUGUUGCUAGCAAGCAUCCUGUGUAUGAGCUUGGAGCUGCAGACAUGGUUGUGAGGCGCUUGGAUGAGCUUUCAGUGGUUGAUUUGAAGAAUUUGGCAGACAUUGAAACAUCUGAAUUUGGGCCAGAGCCAGAGUUAGAGAUGGAGUUGGAAAAAGAUGAUUUCUGAUACAUCAUCUGAUGAAGGAAGUUUCUGGUAAAUCCUAUAAAUGUACAGUCGAUUGAACUUCAUCUGAUUCUUGAUGAUAUUAGUUACAGAUUAGUUACAUGUGUAUAUGGUAACUCUAAAUAGAAUAAUGAAAAAAAUUGUCAAAAGUGGUCUGAAUUGAACAAUGAUGUUACUACUAUUGUAUAUUUUGUUUAUACAUGCAUGUGAUUUUUAAAUUUGA